UUGUGCCUGUGUCUUCUUAAUUCAAUUGCGUUAAUCCUGGGAUUCCUAAUUCAUACUAUAAUUCGAAUACCAUAUUGGCGUCGUGAUGGAACCUGCGAUGGAAAAGUUGGAUAUUCAUUCAACUCCUGAAGCUUUUGAGGAUUAUUUGGAAAGGUUCGAAAUUUGGAGCAUGACCAAAGAAGAUGAUGAGGAUGUUAAUAUUGUAGCACACUUCCUCACAUUCAUUGGGAGAGAAGCGUACAGCUUAUUAAAAACUUUAGCAUAUCCAGAAAAACCUAUUUCACUCCCUUAUGCAACUCUUAAAGAGCUAUUAUUAAGUCAUGUAAAAUGCACCAGUUUUGAAUGCCGUGAAAGGGCGAAGUUUCAUAAGAUGAUUCGUCAAAAUGACCAAAAGGCUCGGGAAUUCAUCCUUGAAUUACAGAAACAAGCUGCCAAGUGUGAUUUCGGUGAUCAACUUCAUGUACAACUGAGAGAUCGAUUAAUUGCAGGAAUUAACAUACCGAGUUUGGAAAGAGAGCUGUUAAAAAUUCCAAACUGUUCCUUUCAAGAUGCUAGGACUGCGUGUAUUAACUACGAAGCAGUGAAUGAACUUGAUAUCCAGUCGAUGAAGAUUUCUGAUACUUUGCUUAGUCGUCAUGAUGAACUACAAUCUCAGGGUCAAUCAAAUUUGCGUUCAUUUAACAGUGAUUCCUAUUUUCGUGUAAAUAUGAAAGGUGUUUCAACGACGAAUUACAAAGCAAAUCACAAAGGUGAGAUGAAGUUUGGUAAAUGUUUAUCAUGUGGAAAGUUUCAUGCUCGCAAUCCAUGUGUAUUUCGUAAUGCUGAAUGUUUUAAAUGUGGUAAGGUAGGAC